AGCACUCGCUAGGUCUAUGGGCGCGCAAAUAUUUGUGCUUAUGAAAAAGAUACGUUAGCUGAUUUUUAGGAUUUAUCGUACUUUUUGAAGUUACAGAGGAAGACUUUACUUGCUCUACUGAUUCUAAAAGCCUUCGAACACCAAGACUAGUGAUUCUAAAAGCCUUCGAGCACCAAGACCACUGACAUUGAGCCAGGCGGCUUGUUUGCGACGUACCCACGAACUAAUAUCCGUGUUGAUGUAAUGAAAUUUAAUAAAUAUUUUUGUGAGAGUAAUCACAGCAUCUUGUUGCGGCCCUAUGCUCCUUGAGGAGUAACAAGGAAUAAACAAUCACAUCUUUAAUAUGUAAAACAACAGGAACAGUCUCUACAGUACGUGUACUACAAAAUAUGGAAAUGAAUGCCACCCAAACCAUGAAUCCAAACCUCGCAGAUGAGGAGUAUGCUACAGAUGUUAUCUCCCAGAAGCACCCACCAUUCAAGACUGAGUUAAAUUGGAGUUCAUCUGAAAGCGGGAAAAGUGAAGAAUAUGACAUGAAAACAGCAGAAGAUCAAAAACAGCUGCUUGAUGAAACGCAAAUAUACUCAACAUAUAGUAGCCCUGAAGUUUCAGAUGAUGAUACCCAAAGAAGUUUUCUUCAUUUUACCUCUACUCAGGUAUAUGAUGUACUGGAGGGUGAAGAUGCAGGGAAUCUUAAGAAGAAAAACGAUACAUCUCCACAAGCUUUUGAAACGUCAAAGAAUGAAGAACUUAACAAAGAUUUCAUUGGAGCCACCAUAAAUGCAAAUGCAGCUCAGUGUCAUCUAGACCAAGAAUCAGAGAAUGCUGGGGAAUGGAUUUCACCAUCUCCUCAGGAAAAUUGUUUAUCCAUGGAUCAGGGCAAAGUGUUUGUUUCUCUUAUGCCAACUACUACAUUUCCUCAUCUUUCCAGAAGAAAGAUAAGUGAAGAGGAAACUGUUAAUACCAAGCUGUAUUUGACCAAAAAACCUACAGAAACAAAUGACAUUAAACAAGGCACAAAAGCUGAAGUUUUAAGAGAAGAAGAAGACUUUCUUAAAGAUAAAAAUGAAAUAAGCCAUGUCAGCAUUAGCAAUCCGAAUGUCAAGACAAACCACCCAAGCUCACAGCUUACAGAAGUAAAUGGAUGUAAAGUUUCUGUAGGACAACAAGAAAAUGAGUUUCACAUUAGACAGGAAAUGCCAGAUAAAGGAAACCAAAUAUGCAUGAAAGAGAACAAAAAUGACUUUUCCAUCUCUGAUAACUUUUACUGCAAUAAUUUAAAAGAUGAGAGGCAGGUGUCUGCAACAGAUGUGUUUGACUGCACAAUUGGUGAUGGUUUGGCCAUUAGUCUAAAAAAGAAAGAUGAAAUUUUGCAGCACACUUUGGGAUGUGGUAGGAGAAAAACUUUGACAAAACCUAAAGCUUUAAAGUCAGUUGCAAAGAAAAGCGAAAUCACCAAAGAUAUAAAAAAACCAGAUAAAAGCAUAAUCACAUCUGUAGAUGGCACAUCAAAUAACUCAUAUAAUAUGAGUACAAGUAAAAAUGGAUUCAUCAGGAGAUCUAGUCGAAUUCAAACCCAGGUUUCAAACAGUAGAGAUGAAAGAGUUAAGACACAGUCUGAAGAGGAGGAAAACAGAAGGUCCACACGGUACAAAAAUGUUCUGAUUAAAAGACAGUCAUCUACACAAGCUAAAGGGACAGAAAUAGGCAGACAUUGUGUCUUGAAUAACAUCAGGAGAUCUAAUCGAAUUCAAACCCAGGUUUCAAACAGUAGAGAUGAAAGAGUUAAGAGACAGUCUGAAGAGGAGGAAAACAGAAGGUCCACAAGGUACAAAAAUGUUCCGAUUAAAAGACAGUCAUAUACACAAGCUAAAGGGACAGAAAUAGGCAGACAUUGUGUCUUAAAUACGCCUAAGGGGAAAAUGGAAAUAAAAGAACCAUAUAAAAAGAAAAGAAAGGCGAUUAAAAAAUGUCAGGGACAUCAUGUGAAAUCAGGAAACUUAAAAAAAGAGAUUCCAAAAGAUGUAUCAAAAAUAAAGAAAAAUACUAGACUUGAAGAGUUUAAAAGGAAUUUAACAAGGGAAUUGAGUACCCAGGACUCAAAAUGCCAGAAACUGAUGGGUUUUGACAAUGAAGAAGUUACUGCAUCAAGGCAGGAGUCCAGACAGCAAAGAAAAUUCAUAAAGAGAAAAUUGCAUAUUCCAGAAGACACAUCUGUUUCCCCUGCAAAACGGUUACUCAGAAGUAACCUAACCAAUACACUAAACAGCAACAAAGAUGUACUUCAUGUCAAUGAAGAAAUAAUGAAUGAUCAAAAUAUCAUGUCAGGAUUGACUUCAAAAACUCGUGACAAAUGUGAGGCAGGAUUUCAGGACAGCUCAUGUCAAAAGCGAGAGCAAAGGAUCCUUGAUGUCAAAUUGAUUUGCUGUAAAGGAGCCAAAACCAAAAUUCAAAUUGAUCGAAAGACUAAGGAUGUCCAUAAAAAGAGAAAGGAUUUUAAGGAGAAAAAAAGAAGAGAUUUUCAACUUCGCCACAAAACUGAUCUUCUGAAACCUAAAGUGACGUUUACUGGAGUUGUCGAUGAAAGUGGUCAAAAGAUUGUAAAGGAACUUGGAGGUGAGGUAGAUCAACACAUUACAGACUGCACACACCUCGUUACUGAUAAGGAGGAGGGGAUGCUGGAGGCUAAAGUCCCUGAUGGGUUGUGCCCAUCAUACCAACACACCUCUUUAAUGAAGACUUUUCCUAGAUGGUAAGUUUUUAUGACCCACACCAACCAAUUGGCUGACCAUGCACUGCGCUAGCCUUGCUGGAAGGCUGCUGCUUGGUCAAUAUGGCCUGCGUUUCUGUAGGCCAGAGUAUAUUCCUUCUGUACCCCUGGUGUGGCCUUGCAGGAGAUCCUCAGUGGUACCACUUGGCCACAUCCUAUUGUUGGACUCACUGAAGGAAGCAAACAUGAGGAAUGAGCAUAAAAUAUUUCAACUACGUCUAUAAACAAAUCAUGAAUAUCCAUAGGGUAAACACUAUGUGAGAGUUAAGUGUCCUUGUAGUUACCUAUAAUUACCUACCUGACCUCAGCCCUGUUCUGGCCUUGAACCAGGCUGGUUCAUGACACUGUCUAGUCCUGUUACCAAAAUAAUAUGUGAUCACCAGCCUUUUAGCAAAGCAGUAGAACUCCCGUUUCUUUUAUAUCAACUACUUACCUACCAUUGAGUCCUUUGAAAAAUGCAUUAAAAACACAUCUUUUCCAUGAGCACUACUAAACAAUUCACUGCUAACCAGUCUUUUUUUUCUCUCUUUCACCAUUUAUAUCUUUUGAAUAGUUGGUCCUGUCCAAUAUAUCCCUUUAGCUGAUUCUUUAUCAUUACUGUUACCUCUGUGUCUUUUGUGCAGUCUUUUGUACUUUGUCCUCAUUGUUGGAUGUGUUCCUAUAUGUACUACACAUUAACCUAGUUUUUGUAUCAAGCACUAAGUACACGUUCCUAUGUGAGCAUGAUGCUGUGCUAUAUAAAUUGCAAAUUUAUUAUUAUUAAAGAGCUGCCAUAAAUGGAAGAGGCAGACCAUUCAAUACGCAUUGAAUCUGGUAUCUUACUAAAUUUUCUUUUACUGUAGAUUGUUUGAUGGCAUGAUGAAAAGUACUAGAUGGAAUUGUACGUGCUAGUUAAAACUUAAAUCAGAAACUUAAUUGAUCUGAGGAUUUUCUUUGUUUCUUACAUUACAACUUUCUACUUUCACAUUACAGUUCAGAAAGGAUAAUGACCUCAGUCUCUACUUCUGCCAAGUGAACUUAAGUAUUUACUGUUUUUGCAUGUUACUAAGCAAGAAAUGGCCCCAAAUGUGCGAAGACUGCCAAUUUACAAAUGCAAAGACUAUAAAACCACAAAC